AUGAUCAAACAAUUAAUUUCAAAAUCAAUUAAAUUAUCAUUUAAUUCAAAUAAUAAAUUAAGAUCAUUUAGAUCAUUCGGUUCAUGUUGUGGUGGUAAUAACAAUAGUAAUAAUACAACAGUUGCCAAAGAAAAAGUUGAAGAACCAAAAAUCCAAGAAAUUACAAUUGAAGAUUUCUUUAAAGUUGAUUUAAGAGUCGCAAAAGUAAUUGCUUGCGAACAAGUUCAAGGCUCUAAAAAAUUAUUAAAGUUAAGUUUGGAUUUAGGUUUUAAAAAACAAGAACCAACCACAACAACAACAACAACAACACCACCACCAACAGAAACUAAAGAUUUAGAAACAUCAAGUGAUACUCAAGAACAAAAUAAUCAACCAGAAUUAAUUAAAGAUAUUAGAACAGUAUAUAGUGGUAUAAAAUUAUUCUAUGAACCAGAUCAAUUAAAAGGUAAAAAUGUUAUUUUUGUUUCAAAUUUAAAACCAAGACAAAUGAAAAUAGGAAAAGAAGUUGUUAUUUCUGAAGGUAUGGUACUUUGUGCAAGUUCUGAAGAUAAUAAAAAAGUAUUAUAUACAACAACAGAUGGCGAAGCUGAUCCAGGUAUGAAAAUGGAUCAAACAAAUAGUGAAGAUGGGUUUUUAAAAAGAUUAAAAGAUAAAACUAAUGGCUAUUUAGAUACCUUACCUUUAAUGACAAGUGUAUUAAUAUCUAUGAUGAAUUUCAUAUUAUCGUUAGUGGCAUAUUAUUUGGAUAUUGGAUAUUCAUAUUAUUCUUGUUCAGUUGGUUUCUCUGGUUGUAUUUUUGCAUUGUUAACUAUACACUGUUUCAAUGAUAAUUUGGUAUCAUUAUAUGGUAUAACAAGAAUACCAUCAAAGCUCUAUCCAUGGGCAAUUUUAAUUAUUACAAAUUUCAUUCUACCAAUGACUUCAUUUGUUGGUCAUUUAUCUGGUAUUUUAAUCGGUACAUUAUAUAUGAAUGGAUAUUUAAAUUGCUUCAUUUUAUCAGAAAGAAGAUUUUGCGAAAUUGAACUUUCAAAUAAUUUAAAUUUUAUAACAAACCAAAGAGGAUUCAUUUCAAGUUCCAAUUUUUCUUGUACCUCUUCUUUUGUUGAUUUAGGUUCAUCAUCAUCUUUGGAUAGUAAUUUUGCAAGGUUAAAAAGAUUUUUUGUGAGUCAUACUAAUAAUAGUGGAGGUAGACAAUUGGGUACAGUUUCAUCAAAUUUAGAGCAAGAGGAUGUAGAAAAACCAUUUAGUAAUAACGACAAUAAUAUAAAUACUGAAAUUAGUAGUGAUAAUACUCAACAACAGCAACAACAGCAGCAACAAACAGCAUCUCCAAAUGUAUUAAAAUAUUCUCCAUUGAUUGAUAUGUCUAAAAUUUAA